UGUGGGCAUAUUUUGGGCCGAAGGUCCUGUUUCUACUCUGCACGUCUCUGACUCUAUUUGUUCUAAAUGUAUAGUUUGAUUUGCCAGAUAUUAAUUAAUCUGUGAGCAUUUCAACAGAUUGGAGGCUUUGGAUGUUUGUGUAAAAUUCUAGCAUUAAAUUACUGUAGAUUCCGCAACUGCUUUGCUCCAUAGAUGGAAUAUCAUUUGGGUUGAGCUGCUACAGGGUUUCCCAGGAAUUGGCUGGAUGGCAACUCUGAUGUGUUUAUUCAAUUGACUGUUAGGUUCAAUUCUCAAUCUCAAUUGAAACCCACAGGAAUUUAAGGAAUUGAUUUUCUUUCCACUACAGAGUUGCUCAACCAUGUAAAUGUUUAAUUCAUAAUCAAACAAACAACUAUGUGGCCAGCACUGUUCAUUGCUGUGAAAUCUAAUACACUUCUGUUUUCUUCUUCAGCAUUGAUGCACGCAUUGGUCUUUGGAAAUGUAACUGCUAUCAUUCAGCGAAUGUACUCCAGGUGGUCCCUGUAUCAUCACAGAAUUAAAGAUUUAAAGGAUUUUAUCCGCGUCCACCACCUCCCAAAGCAGCUGAAACAGCGAAUGCUGGAGUACUUCCAGACAACGUGGUCAGUCAAUAAUGGGAUUGACGCUAAGGAGCUUUUGAAGGACUUUCCAGAUGAGCUGAGGUCAGACAUCACUAUGCAUUUGAACAAGGAAAUUCUGCAGCUCUCUCUGUUUGCCUCCGCCAGCCGUGGCUGCCUUAGAUCUCUCUCCCUGCAUAUCAAAACCUCCUUCUGUGCUCCGGGCGAGUACCUCCUUCGGCAGGGAGAUGCACUGCAGGCAAUCUAUUUAGUCUGUUCAGGCUCCAUGGAAGUGCUGAAAGGUGCCAUGGUGCUGGCAAUACUUGGGAAGGGUGAUCUAAUAGGUGCAAAUCUUGCAGGCAAAGAUCAAGUUAUCAAAACCAGCGCUGAUGUGAAAGCUCUAACCUACUGUGAUCUACAAUGUAUUGAUCUGAAAGGUCUCUAUGAAGUGUUGGACUUGUACCCAGAAUACUCCCAUAAAUUCAAGGAUGACAUUCAUCACAAUCUCACAUACAACCUCAGAGAUGCUCAUGAAGGCAAUGGGAUCUCAAGAUUGUCCCAGAAUUCCUGUCCGAUAUCCCAGUCAGAGUCCAAUGGGAAUGGCAGCCUAAAUGAGAAACUGGCUUCAAUUGUGGAAGAUGAAGAGGAGGUAGAAGAAGUUGAUGAGACUACCCCAUUAUCACUUGUGUCUGCUAAUUUUACAUCCCACAAUCAAUCGAUAAAUCACAACAGGACCAUCAAUGCUGGGAAUUCUCUUGGAAUUAACCAACCACUGCUCUCAGGACCAAUAUGCUUCCGAUCUCCCAUCAGGGGCGGCAAUGUUAUGGUCAGAAGCAGACAGGAUAAUGAGUCAACUAAUCUCAAGAAUGGAAAAGCCAAAAGUCUAAAGCUGCAUCUUUCUACACUGAAUGCGUCUGCUUCUCCUGAUCUCAGCCCAAGAAUUGUUGAUGGCAUUGAAGAUGAGAAAAGUUCAAAAAUGAAUGAAAGGUUUGAAUUCUGCACUGAAAAUAUGGGGCAAGAAUCAUUCAGUCUUUCGACAGCAAGAGAUUUUGAUCAAGUUACUCCUGCAAUGCUGGCCACGAAAGCUGAAGAGACAAAACAACAAAUCAAACAGCUAAAUGAUGAGAUGAGUAACCUGACUCAAGAAGUGUCCCAAUUAGGCAAGGGCCUACACAAUGUCAUGCAUCUUUUGGAAGGCCUCGUGGCAGCACAAAACAACACACCUUUGUGGCCUGCUCAUGGAGCUCAGUUGGCUUCUACAAUGGAUAACUUGAAAACAAGACAGGAUUGGAUGUCACAUCAACCUUGUUUCCAUAUGCAGAGAGGGACAGCACCCUGCACCAUGGCCAACCCAUCACAGAGCAUGACCACAUCAGCCAGGUGGUCUUUGGAUCCAGGUAACCAGUGUUACAAUAUUCAAGGACAAGGAAUACCUUUGCACAGAACAAUGGAAGAUGACCAUCACCACAUCUUGUCUACAUCAGCCCAUUCUCACCAGUGCAACUCUCCCCAGGUCGAUUACCUGCCAGCAGUAAGAGGUGUAUCUCCGUUUUCUGAUGCCACGCUAACACCCCUUCAGUCCAUUUCAGUAACCCUAUCAUCUUCGGCGAGUUCAUCUCCAGAUAGAUCAAACCCACUGGUGUUUCCUUGUCCGUCCCAAGAAAGCAGUGCCUCCAACCUGGGCCCAGUCAGUUCAUCAGACCUUGGAAACUCACCAGAAUCCUGGGAACUCGAGGGGAUGAUAGGUAUCUCGCUAUCUAAUAUAUCAACUUCACAGGCAGAAAUUGUGACAGGUAGGCACACAUUCAAGGAUGACAGCGCAAUUGACGUGUAAAGAUAACUUUGCAUUGAUGAGCAGGUACUGAAAAACAUGACCUUCAAUUGCCACUUAUAAUUAUAGUACUGUUGCGUUAGUGCUUUCUCCCUCUGCAUUCCGCUGAUGUUGCAGAGGUAAAAGUCGCACAAUAUAACUUCAGGGCAAUGCCAGGAAUGAAACUUUAUGUGAAAUAAACUGAUAAAUAUAUAACAGAUCAAUCUUCACUGGAGAAACUGCGAGCGAACUGUUUUCAGGAGCAUGCUUAUGAAUCUCUGACUUUACGAGCACAAACCUCAUUUACGUGCCUGGCCUGCAAGCCCCUUGGCUGAUCCGAGACCCUUGCUGCCAAAGGACAGCUGGAAAUCAAGGGCAAAGGAAUACAAAUGGCUUUUUGUGGCAGAGGUAAUCCUUCCACAAAGCAAAGGGUUUUGUUUAAAUUCUCUACUGAAACAUCCCAGAUGGAUAUGAAUUGGAUGGUUUACUCUGGGAGGUCGGCUAUCCUGCUGGUUCAUUUCUCUGUGCUGCUGCGGCACUGGGACAAUUAUCACUGCAUGCUGUCUCCGAGACAAUCAGCCAACUGCAGCUGGUGGCAGAAGGUUAGCUGCCACACAUUGUAUCAUGUAAAUCAAUUUGUUCAAUUAUUUAUCAAAAAAAAGACUAUUUUUAUACAUUUGGUAUGAAAACUGUAUUUAUGUCAGAUGUUUAUAAUGGCAAACUUUUUGUGGCAAAGCUUGAAGCGAAAUUCAAUGCAUUACAGAAAUCCUAUUUAUGAUGUUAGCUCAGAAAUAAUUGAGUAAAAAAGAUUAUCUAAGGCACUGUAGUUAAAACAAUAAAUACAAUUAGAUUAUGUAGAAUGGACUGCAUGCUAUCAAAUAUGAAUGUAUCUGCGGUGAUCAAUUAUAAUAACUAAAACUAAUUGAGAAUGAUACUUAUUUAUUAUUUAUAUUUCAAUAAAUCGUUGUAGGGAAUGUCAGAAACACACCAUGUAAUCCCAGAAAUAGGUGCAAUAAUAUAGAAAAG